AGCAAUCUUCCAAUCCAACUUCUAUGGCCAAUGCUACCACUUCAACAACCGACGCUACUCAUCAAUCUCAUAAUAAUUCUCACCAUACUCGUUCGCAGCAUGCAAAAAGCACCGAUCACAACAAGGAUCCACAACAAAGCAACGAUAUUGAACAAGAUAAUGCACAAGAAGAGCAAAAAGAACAAAAGGGAUUUAAAGGACAAGCGAAGAAAGAUAUGCAGAAUGUUGAGGGAUACGUGGCUGAACGAGACGGUGAGGUUAUCGAUGAAGCUAAAUUAGACAAGGCCAUGACAUUUGUAAAUGAAGAGAAGCAAAAACGUAAUGCACAAAAACUUCACAAACAAAAAGAUGCAGAAAAAAUCACAGUAUCAAAGGAAGAUAUUGAACUCAUUGUAAAUGAAAUGGAUGUAACAAAGGCUAUAGCUGAUAAAUAUUUAAGAGAAAACAAGGCAAUAGAAGUUGGAUUGGAAGAUUGCUCUGCCGAUAGCGAUGUUGGUGAUAUUGGAUCAUUUGCA